AUGGGGCACAUAAGGGAUUUGAUGAGGUCCAAUCCUCCUUUCUUUGACGGAAAAGGUACGGGUCUUGAGGUAGAGACCUGGCUUAUUAGUUUAGAUCGAUGUUUCAUCAUGUAUCCAUAUGGUAGAAACACCAAGGCGAGAUGUGCUAUCAUGCGUCUCAAGAGUUUUGCAUCUAUCUGGUGGUGGUUAGAGGAGGAGAGGAUCAGUGUGAGCAUUAACACCUUAUCAUGGGAGAUUUUUCUGGAGAGAUUCAAGGCACGAUUUCUCUCACCCCAGUGGAGACAGUCUCGGGCAGAUGAGUUAUAUGCUUUGCACCAGUUUGGUAUAUCAGUAGAUCAGUUUGAGCACAUGUUUUAUGAGCUUAAACAAUAUGCUGAUAUUGGCAAUGAUGAGGUGAUGCUAGUUCAACACUUCUUGAGGGGUCUAAACGAUCGCAUUAGUGGAAGAGUGAGAGUGUUUGAGCUUGCUUUAAUAGAGGUAGCCGUGGCAAAAGCUAGGCUGGUGGAGCAGAAUCUUGUCCGCGCACAUGGCGGGGUCCUCAGGCACCUGCUAAGGGUGGACAACAAUAGCAGCAACCGCCGAGACCGAAAUAGUUUCAGGGCCAGCAGGGUGGCAACUCUCAGCAUAGGAAGAACAGGAACUGGCAGAGGAGCAGACAGAGUUUCCCAUGGUAGUCCUCUCAGGGUGCAUCUCAGGCCCCUAGUAGGGGAAGCUUCCAAUAGUCCAGUGGGCUGA